AAUGCGACACACUGUCAACGACCCACAUAAGUGUUUGGGAGAUGAGUAAAGAAUAGAAAUAAACAUCACACAUGAGUCAGUGAAGAAUAAUUUAUGCAAGGCUAUUUCCGCAAAGUUUUUGCUUAAGCUACAUCCGCGUGUUUUGUUAUUUCAAGGCUUCCGUCGACGGUUGUCGAUUCGUUGUCGACAUUUUUGAAAGUUCGGCGCGAUUAUUUUCCCCUCUCAACCACUGUGAAAACACAGCAUGGCCGAAUUCACCUCGCCCGAGACGUCCAGAAUUAGGAGCGUCGGAAGCGGAGGAGGAACCCCCAUCAACAUCCCCGCUUCGCCGUUCAUGAAGAAGCUCGGCUGCGGGACGGGAGUCAGCGUCUACCUGAUGGACAGAGUGGGGAAGAUCAACGCGUCGCCCUGGGCCAUCAAGAAGAUCAACAGCAAAUGUGCCAGCAAACAGGCCGAGGUCUACCAGAAGCGUUUGGAGCAGGAGGCCAAGGUCCUCAAGGGAAUCCACCAUCCCAACAUUGUUGGGUUCCGGGCGUUGGCCACGGCCAAAGACGGCUCCGACUGCCUGGCCAUGGAGUUCGGAGGGGAGCAGUCACUCAACGACCUCAUCGAGAAGCGCAAAGAAGACGGCCUGCAGGCCUUUCCCGCCGCCGACGUUGAAAAAGUGGCGCUCCAUGUUGCCCGUGGGCUGCAGUAUCUUCACAACGAGAAAAAACUGCUGCACGGUGACAUGAAGUCUUGUAACGUGGUCGUCAAGGGCAACUUUGACGCUAUCAAGAUCUGCGACGUGGGCGUGUCCCUCCAGCUGGACGAGAACAUGACAGUGUCGGACCCCGAGGCCGAGUACAUCGGGACGGAACCCUGGAACCCCAAAGAGGCCUUGGAGGCGGGCGACAUCACAGACAAGGCCGACAUCUUCGCCUACGGGUUGACCCUGUGGGAGAUGAUGACCCUGGCCAUGCCUCACAUGGAUCUGCUGGAACAUGAUGGGGAGGAGGAGGAGCAGGAUGAAGACGAGUCGAUAGAGGCGAGCUUCGACGAGGACGCCUACUACGCCCGCCUGGGCACACGGCCGCCCCUGGACGCCGAGGCGCUGGGCGAGUCCUACAGGAGGAUGCUGGAGCUCUUCUACGUAUGCACUGAGGAGGACCCCGAGAGGAGACCCUCGGCCGCGCAAAUCGUGCAGGCGCUGGAGGGCAACGCCCCGCUUGACUAAAACAAGAGCAGCCUCUGAGAUUUGAGCGUCCCGACGACAUCGCUUGUAAAUGUUUCAUUGUGCUGGUUUGUUAUCCCUGUAUGCUGUUAAAAUACAUUUGCCUGCAUAGCUUACGUACUUGUCACUUCAUUAAAUUCUUCAUUCUAUUUUGUAUGUAUGCAGUCGUUUUUUCCUCACUUUUAAAUGACCUUUCCUCCA